GCGCCUCCGGCCCGUCCGGUUCCGGUGCCCGGGGGCGGCCGCGCAGGUGCCUGCGCCCCGCCCCCGAGGGGCGAGUGACGGGAGGGGGCGUGGCCAGAGGACCACUGCCCCUGCCCCGCCAGCUCUGCCCUGCUCCUCUGGCCGCUGGGGAAGAUAAGUCGCGCUUGGCCCGCUAUACGGGCCCGUGCGGUGACCUGGCUCCCCGCCCUCCCGGUCUGGUGUUUUUCCCGGAAAAGGAAAGUUUUGUUGCUUUUCUUGCUCCCCGGCUCUAGGUGGCGGGGCUGACUCGCUGCAGGGGACGCAGCGCAUGGGGCGAGGCAGAUUGAUGAUGUCCAAAAACUCCGGAAGGAAACCAGCUGCAGUCCAGGGAACAGAUUGGUUGGCACAUUCAUUUGAUGAUUUCUUUGGGAACACAGAUACCUCCUCAAGUACCCUUCCUGUGAAAUUACCUGGGGAAGUCAAGCAGCCUCAGAAGAGGAACGAUCAUUUCUCUGUGCCAGAAAAUAGCAAAAACAUAGUUCUUGCUAGAAAGAAGGGAAAGGCAUCUUCAGUACAUCAGACUUGUAAUCGAGCCAAACAAAAUCAAAACCAAUCUCAAAAUGAACCAUGGGUGGAUAAAUACAAACCAGAAACUCGGAGUGAUCUUGCUGUGCAUAAGAAGAAGGUUGAAGAAGUUGAAACCUGGUUAAAAUCUCAAAUAUUUGAAAGGCAACCAAAGCAGGGUGGCUCUGUUUUACUGUUAACUGGUCCCCCAGGUUGUGGAAAGACUGCAACUGUACAAAUAUUAGUUCAAGAUCUUGGUAUUCAGGUGCAUGAAUGGAUCAACCCAAUAUCUCUAGAUUUUACAAAAGAAGAUUUCAAGGAAAGUUUUAACCAGGAAUCAAGCUUUCGUAUACUUCCUAGUCAAGCCCAGGCAACACUCUUUCAAGACUUUUUGUUAAGAGCAAAUAAGUAUAGCAGACUUCAGAUGCUUGGGGAAUCCACUGAGACUGAUAAAAAACUUAUUCUCAUUGAAGAUAUACCUAACCAGUUCUACCGUGACUGUAGCAGUCUGCAUGAAAUUCUGAGGAGGUUUGUACGUACAAGUAGAUGUCCCCUUGUGUUUAUAGUCUCAGACAGUUUCAGUGGAGACAGCAACCACAGGUUACUAUUCCCAAAGGAAAUUCUAGAAGAACUAUGUAUAGGUAGUAUAAGUUUCAACCCCGUGGCUCCAACAAUGAUGAUGAAAGUUCUUAAUCGAAUAACUACAGCAGAAGCCAAUAUGAAUGGGGAGAGAAUUUCUGUCCCUGGUAAAACCUCUUUAGAGUUGAUUUGCAAAGGCUGUUCCGGUGAUAUUAGAAGUGCAAUAAAUAGCCUUCAGUUUUCUUCUUUGAAAGACUACUCAUCAGAGACAAACUUAUGGUCAAGGAAUAAAGGGAGUUCUACAUUAAAAUGUGAAAUAGCAUCUAGAGCCAAGAAGAAAAAGAAGUCUGAUAAUGUUUUAGAAAGCCAGGCAGUACAAGCAAUUGGUGGCAAAGAUGCCUCUAUCUUUCUUUUCCAUGCCUUGGGAAAAAUACUUUACUGCAAAAGAGAACCGCUAUCCUGUUCAGAAUCUCCUCAGCUACCCUCUCACUUAUCAGAACAUGAACGUGAUACCUUACUUGUUCAACCUGAGGAUGUAGUAGAAAAAUCGCAUAUGCAUGGAGACCUGUUUAAUUUAUACCUUCACCAAAACUAUGUAGAAUUUUUCAUGGAUAUAGAUGAUGUUGUGAGAGCCAGUGAAUAUUUGAGUACUGCUGACUUCCUCUGCAGUACCUGGAGUUCACGACCUACUCUCCAGCAGUACAGCGCAUCUGUAGCUACAAGAGGUGUGAUUCAUUCAAACAGGGCUCGAGCUUUUGCCCAUUGCCAAGGAGGAAUGGGUUUUCGACCUUUGCAUAAACCACAGUGGUUUCUAAUCAAUAAAAAGUAUCAAGAAAAUUGCCUUGCUGCAAAGUCUCUCUUCUCAAGUUUCUGUUUACCACCGUUGUGUCUUCAGACUGAACUGUUACCUUAUCUUGCUAUGCUGACAAAUCCAAUGAGAAAUCAAGGUCAGAUUGCUUUUAUCCAGGAUGUUGGAAAGCUUCCCUUGAAAAGACACUUCCAAAGGUUAAAGCUUGAAACGCUGACAGAUAAGGAUCCUGGAAUGCCAGACUUUGACAGUAAUUAUGAAGGGGACAUUGCUGGUGCACAGGCAGUGGAGAUGUUUGUACAGAUAGAGAAUAACAAAACAAAUGAGGCUGAACCAGGUGGAUUCCCUCUUACUUCCAGCCAACCUGGCAGAAAUGAUCUACCAGGCAGCCAGCCUCAACCUGUUACAGCUCAAGCAAUCAUGGAGGAAGAUGAAUUAAAGAUAGAGGAAUAUGAUAGUGACUGAAUGCAUCAACAUUUUAACCUGUUGGUUUAAUGUUGCUUACUGGAUUCUUCAUCUUGUGUUUUGUGGCAAAACAUUUAUACUUGAAUAACUGUAACAUUGAUGGCUUUUUUACAAAGAAUGGGACAAAUCUAGACUGUACUUCAGUUGCUGCUACAGCUGUUUACAUGAGUGUGGGCUACAAGAUCAAGGCAAGCAUGUAUUGGGACAACAUUAAGGGGCUAUGGUUAGGCAGUUUUCCUUGACUUCGCAAUACAGGGUCCUCGGUGUGUCUAGAUUAUAACGUUUUUGUUCCCUGCCUACCUGAGCCAUCAAAGAAUUCUAUAUUGUUU